CUAUAUUUUGGACUCGAAUGUUAGGUCGACUGCGUCCUCGUCCUAGUUGCGACACCUCCUCUGUUUUGGUUGAGUGAGGGUUCGGAGAAGAGUCAAUAACAGGAUGUAAAGAGGUCCAACUUUCCUGACAUGACCUAUAUAGCGCGGUAGGGUUUAAAUUUCGACUCAAUCAUUGCAUGUUAGCGUGUUAGCCCUCUGUUGAAGCUCAGCAUUUUUACAAUAAUUGUCUGUCAAGUUUGUUGACAACAGUCAUCCUGUUGCUCCUGCCAUUUCUGUUGGUGAUCUGUUGUAUUCCUCAUCGUCGUUGUUUGUUUUUCAGACUUCUUUUUCUCUUUUACUCAUCAUUUUUUGUGGAUCAUCCCCUGGUUCCUUAAAUAAUAGCGUACGUGCCAAAUGGUUUUGGGAACUCCGGACUACGUACAGCAUGACUCAUAAGUGGUCCGGCAACUGGCUUGUAAUCGGAAGAACUUUCUAUUUCCAAGCACAUACAGGUACGACUGCACCAUCACUUCCCUUCUUUCGCCCAAGGGUCCAUUUACUACAGCCCAGCAAAGUUGGAUAUCUCAGAGCAAAGCACUUCCACCACCUAUGGAUCAGAGGUCGCAAGAGAUGGUGUAAAUUUAAUCAGGUCAAACACAAACUUGGAUUUCACACCAACACCUUGUGCUUAAAAACUUCAGCAUCUCGUUGGUCUGCCGGUCUAAGUCAACAUAUGUCACGGGUCAGAAGCACACUUGACACAGUCUCUAAGGCUGUGAGUGGGACUCAUUCAGAACUUCUGUCCAAGUUUUCUAAACUUAAACCCAGUACUGUCAAGGAUGGGAACAAAGUGGAGAGAAUUCCUGAGUCUUCACCACAGGAGGAAAGUGUUGCUCCACCAUUUUCUGUUUCGGACACUUCCAUGGCCCCUGCAUCUGCAACAUCCAAUCCUAAAACGCAGGCUCCUCCUACAUCUGCUGCCACGGUUGAUUCCACUACUACUACCUCAUUUCCACAGACUCACAGUCCUACACAACUUUCCAAACUUUUAACUACAUCGGAUAACAAGGAUCAGAAGCACAAGCGAGUCUCUCCAGCUUCCAAAACUGUUGUUCCAAGGAAACUAGAGGAACUGAAACCAUUAACAAGUGAGGCUGAAAGCAAGAACCAAAGGCCAAAAGAAACUGCAGCACUUUUUCAUCCCAGCACAUUUUCUGUUCACCUGGAUGAAACAUACAAUUAUCUGGCUCAUCACAUCAACUCAUACUUCGGCAGCAGUACAGCAUCUCAGGAAAAGAAAGUGGAGAAUGUUAACGCUUCUGCCUCCCCUGUUGUUCAGAAGAUCGAUGGAUCAGCACCCCCCAAAACCGGUGACUCUGCUGUCCCAGUCCCUGCUCCUUUAUCAAAAAAAGGUUUAGGGCAUUACCUGUCCUACUCUGCUCCUACUGUGCAAGCUUUUGUUGGGAGCUACAUUGCCCCUUUGGUCCCCAAGUUUAGAGCUGGGGAGUUGAAAAGCACCCCUGUAGAAGUGAAGAAGAUGGAGGAUGUGCAUGCUAAACAGCUCGAUGUCACGAUGAACAAGGAAGAGAAGGCUGCGGAGGAGAAAGCCAAGAAACUCCUGAUUCAAAGGGAAAAGAUCAUUGCCAGAGUGAGCGUGGACAACCGUACUCGAGCUCUGGUCCAGGCACUUCACAGAGCCACAGAUGUAAGAGUGUACAUCAGUAGGGUGGAGGACCUGAGCUAUCAUCUUCUCGAGUUUCCUGAAACCCGUGGUGUCGCAGUGAAGGAAAAAGUGAUCCCGUGUCUACUGCGUCUGAUGCAGGCCAAUGAUGCAGGCCUGAGUGCCGCCGUGAGAGAAGCACUUUCACUGGUGGGGUAUCAAAAACCUGUCAAGGGACGUGGUAUCAGGAUCCUGUCCAUAGAUGGGGGAGGCUUAAGGGGCCUUCUUGCUCUUCAGACUUUACACAGACUGGAGACAUUGAGCGGCAAACCCAUUUACAAACUGUUUGAUUACAUUUGCGGCGUCAGCACAGGUGCCAUCUUGGGUUUCAUGCUGGGUGUGUUUCAGAUCUCGCCCAACGAAUGCGACGAUCUCUAUCGAAAGCUGGGGUCUGACGUUUUUAAGCAGAAUGUGAUCGUGGGGACGGUGAAGAUGGGCUGGAGCCACGCCUUCUAUGACAGCGAAGCCUGGGAGAAAGUCCUCAAAGAGAAAAUUGGCUCACACCUCUUGGUGGAGACUUCAAGAAACCCAGAAUGCCCAAAGGUGGCAGCAGUAAGCACCAUCGUGAACAGGGGCACCCCUCUCAAGGCCUAUGUCUUCAGGAACUACAACCACCUGCCCACCGUGCGCUCCCACUACCUCGGGGGCUGCCACCACCAGCUCUGGCAGGCUGUCCGAGCCUCAUCGGCUGCUCCCGGCUACUUCCAGGAGUUCACCUUGGGGAGUGACCUUCACCAGGACGGUGGUCUUCUCAUUAACAACCCCACGGCCCUCGCCAUCCACGAGUGCAAGUGUCUGUGGCCCAACACGCCGCUGGAGUGUGUGGUCUCGCUGGGGACCGGCCGCUUUGAAACCGCUGGCAGAGGCAGCUCCACAUACACCAGCCUCAAGACCAAACUGGCCAACGUCAUCAGCAGCGCGACCAACACUGAGGAGGUUCACGCCAUGCUGGACGCCUUCCUCCCGGCAGACACGUACUUCCGCUUCAACCCUUACAUCAGCGAAGACAUCUCCAUGGAUGAGAGCCGGCAGGAGAAGCUGAACCUGCUGCAGGCCGAGGGGCUGCGCUACCUGGAGAGGAACGAGGAGAAGUUGAAAAAGAUUGCCAACAUCCUCAACCAGGAAAAAAGCUCCGUCCAGAGGAUGGCGGACUGGGCCAGGCUCCGUGCCGACAUGUACCCCGGACUCUUCUAAACCUCCUCUGCUCGCGUGGUACUACGCUAACUACCUUAACUGCACUUAAUCUAAAUGAGCAGCACAUGUUACUCGUCCAGCACUAAAGUCGUCGCAGGCAUGCACGUUUUUCUCAUGGAUUUUAGUGCCAUUUUAUUAAUUUAUGAAAUGGAAUUUUUGUUUUCAUUGAUUUUAAAGAUCCUAGAGUGUUAAAAGACUCUCAGAUCUUAUGUUCCGAUUUAAAAAUGAAACUAAAACCACUGAUUGAGGCAAAAAAAAAGUUUGUUAAUCUUAGUAUUUAAACCUUUUGUUUUUUCACAUGCACUAUUAAUAGUCCACCGGAGGUCUCUUUUGAGCUCCUCCUCAUUCAGACGGACUCAUAGGAACAGUAUUUUCAAGUCCAGAUUGAACGUGAAACCUCUUGUCAUUCUGUCUGACCUCUGGCCUCGCCCUCGAACUCUUAAAAAUGUUCCGUCCGAUCUGUCUUCGUCUGCUGAUCUGAGGUCAGGUCAUGGCGUCUGGCUGAGAAUUCUGAUCUCCACUCGCAGGUCUGUGCUUCUCACCGUGCAGCUGAUAAUGAGGGAUCCUGGUGGAACCCCUGAACCACUUUACCUGACCAAGCUUGUUCAAUGGCUGACACAUGACAGCUUCUGACAAUGGUGCUAGUACGAACAGAGACUCAUUCUUUUCAUUAGGACGCUGUGAUUCAGUCCGCUCUGGAAUCAUCUGGUCAGCAUCCAAAUGCACUAGAGGGUGUGGAGUGUUCUCACCUGGUCCACGUGUGUCUCCUCAUCAAAUGUUGUUCUCGUUGCAGGUUGUUCUCUAGGAGUAAGUUGUCUUUGGUACCCCCCGAUCCUUAACCUUCAAGAGAACUAUGGGCAGACCCUACUGUUACAUGAAAUCACAUGACCUGCCAUGCGACCCACGGGGAUAUCGUUGGAGGAUGUGACUCACUCUAUCAAGAGUUUUUAAUGCUGUCAGUCGAGCAGUUUAGCAUCAACCACAGCAUCACUUCGUAUCAUAAAUGAUCCAGUGAGCCAGACACAUUUAUGUACACAAACAUUUUAUUUUUUGAAACAGAACAAGGUUGAUAAAACAGAUUUAUUUUUAAAAAUGAGCUUUAGUGGAACAUAGUGAGGGGAUUCUGAGUCACACGACAAGGUUUUUAUGUAUCAGCAUGUUGGAAGGAGCCGAUCAUGAAGCAGACAGAAAUCUCCAGAGUUGUGUUCGGAAGGUACACGCAAGUGAGAGAAGGAUUACAGCAAUGGUUGGGUUAGGGUUAGGGUUGGGUUUUAAAUUUAAAAAAUGAUUUGUUUCUUGAGACACAGAUGGAUCGUUCUCCAAGUUUAUGACGUGCACCUGUUUGAAGCACUUUUAUCCUAAAUUCUCGCCUCUUCACCAAAUCCUCUCCCCCUCCUUCUUAGCUUCAAGUGCUGUAUCUCAAUCCUCUCGGCUGUUUGAUGUUAUCUGUGGAAAACUGUUUGUUAGUGAAAGGACUUGCACUAAGGCAGAUGGCUGCGCAGCAGCGUGAAGUUUCUUAUGGCGCAGCUCUGGUCAAGUACUGUAAUAACUGAUGUGUCCGUCUCAAGGGGUCAGGACUGGUUAUGCAAACUGCCAUGAUUCCACGGUUCCUCCUGUCGGUUCAGUGUAAAGACAUUCUGAGAGUGUGUGUGUGUAAUUAAACCCAUCACUGAAGCACCAUGAUCUGCGCCU